AUGAAUUCUCUCACCAAAGCAAUCGAUAAGCUUGCCAUUACUCUACUGAAAAAGCUCUGUGAAGAAAACCUAGAAAAUGUGGUAUUUUCUCCCCCAAGCAUCUUAUUUAUCCUGGCCAUGGUUCUCCUGGGAGCACAGAAUAAUACUGCAGACCAAAUAAAAAAAUCACUUUUUUUAGAGAGAAACAGAAAUAUUGACCGGCAUUUCUUGUCACUUCUCACUGAAAUGAACAAGCCAAACGUUCACUGCCUGAUUCAUGGUGCCAACAGAGUCUUUGGAGAAAAUGUUCUAAAUUUCCUCCCAUCUUUUAAAGAAUCCUGUAAAAAGUUCUACGAUUCAGACCUAGAGGAUGUUUGCUUUUCUGAAGAAGCCGAGACAGUCAGAAAAUACAUAAAUGCAUGGGUAGCAGAGAAAACUGGAGGUACAAUUUUAGAGCUACUACCUGAGGAUACAGUUAACCCACUUAGCCUAUUAAUCUUUGUGAACAUCAUCAACUUUAAAUUAAAAUGGAAGAAUGAGGCUGAACCUAUGAAGAGAACUCUUAGAAGUCAUAAAGAAAAGCACAAAAUGGCAAAGUUUACGGUGAAAGAAGGCAUAUUUCUGGGAUUCUAUUCAGAAGAGCUAGGUGCUAAUGUUUGUAGAAGUACAUAUAAUGGAGAAGAAUGGAAUAUUAUCUUUGUGCUUCCUGUUGAUGAUGGCAAAAAGAUGGCAAAAAGGCUAACCUAUGAAAUAUUUACAGCCUGGAUGAAUCCAGAAGUAGUGGCCUUGAUGGAAAUUCUUCAUAACCAAUUAUUCCUCCCCAAAUUCAAGGUAGAAAAGUCUUACAACAUGGCUCAUAUUCUUUGCAGUUUGGGAAUAUCUGAUGCUUUCAAUGAGGAUAAGGCUGAUUUUUCUGGAUUGUCUACACUCAAAGACAUUUACCUUUUAAGUGUUUUUCACUCAUCUUCCCUGGAAUUAAAUGAAGAAGGUAUCAAAGCAUCAGCUGCCACUGCAGCAGUGGAGAUACCAGCAACUACAAAGGGAGAAAAAGAACUUAAGACUCAGAGUUUCUUUCUUUUUUUUAUCUGGAGCCAUACAAUUAAUAGCAUCCUGUUCUGUGGCAGAGCUUCUGUUCCCUAA